AAAAUGAAUUCUUGAAUUCCUGUUUUUAUUGGAGGGAUUUUUAAGAAUUGGGGAAACUAUUUUUGGAGUUUUUUUUUUUUUGGAGGUUUAAGGAUCGGAAAAAAUGGCUUCUUAUGACAAUUUGAUGACGAUGGAGCCGUGGGCUUCUUGUUCUGCAUUCGGCGAUUCUGCAGAAAUCGCUGUCUACUCCGGUGGCUAUAUGCCUGGUGCUGCGGCGGCAGAGGGGUUCCCCACUGAGAUGGUGUUCUCUGUCGCGGUGCUUGAGACAACGUCAGUUCAGACUGCCAACGCUUUCGGGCAGACCGGUUCCGAUGGAUCGUGUCGCGAAACGCACAAUCGGUUCCGGUGGAGCUAUGUUUUUGAAAUUGAAGGAGAAUUCAGGCGAAAAGGAGAAAAAAGAAGCAAUUGUAGAUGGGUAGAAGAAGAAGUCAUCUCUGCAAUGUGGCUAGGAAAAGGAAGGAAACGCAGCGCAAAGCUUAAAAAUAAGAGAAAAGCGUAG